AUGGCGGCAAGUGUGGCACUCUACCAGGACAAGUUCGUGGAGAUCUAUGCGGAUCACAUCAAGAUCAAGUCCUACUAUGCCCCUGUCUUUCGGUCCAAGCGAAUCAAUAUCGGCAAAGAGUGUCGAGUUUCUUUCGCCACUGACGAGGAACUGGGCUUCACAAAGGUAGACAGAAAAGGCUGGGGAAUGGCGUUGAACAAUGUUUGGUGGGCUCUGGACAUGAGGCGGGAAUUCGUUUUCGGAGGACCCAAGCACUUGGGCAUCGUCAUUACCGUGGGCAGAGACACCUUUCGAAAAGGUUUCAGCGUUGAGGAUGGAGAAGCAGCCGUGAAAGUCCUCGAGUCUUUGUCCUUUGCUGCGAGCUUGACGAAGAUUGUGGCGGAAAAAAGGGAAGAGCAGAAGGCCAGAGAGAAACUGGCUGCCAAGUGGAAGGUGGGAGCAAGCACCGUUCAGCACUUGAUGAUCCUCUCGCUGUGUCAGGCGCAUGAAGAGAAACUGUUGGAAUCGCUGAUUGACACCUUCAAGAAGAAGUGCAUGCGAGAGGCGGAGCUGGAACGCUGUGAAGCGUCCAUUAGCUUCGCAUCGCUGGUCAGAGAAAUCUCAGAGUUUCCGACUCAUGUGAUCGUGGACUCACAGCACCUGGUUGAGAACUGGGGCGAUGGAGCUGCUUCGUGGUGGUACUACGUGCCUUGGAGCUGCUUCUUUAUACAGCACACUUCAGCACACUCUAGGUGA